AUGCCACCUAUUGAGUCCCCCCAAUUGCGUUUUCUUAGUGAAGCUGCACUGCUCUUAGGGUCGCGCAGCCCGUCCACGUCGGCGCAUCUGUUAGAUGCCCAUACCCGUAUCCUCCACAACGACCACAAAUCUCUCAAUGUGCGACAGCAGAAACAUCACUGUGGAGCUUGCGGUAGCCUUAGGAAGUUACAAUCUACUCUAGUUGAUGUUAAACCCCGAAAAAAGUCUGCGCCAGGCUCCGGCGCAAAGGUGUACAAGUGUGCGCGCUGCCAGCAGCGCACUGUGAUCCCGAGCAGGAAGACAGUACCAAAGCGUACGUAUGUGACAUCUGCGCCAGCUGAUUCUUCGAUCGCUGUAUCCGCUCCAUCUACAGCUACGAAGGCCUCUGCGCCGUCUCCUUCCCAGCGAUCAACGCCCCAACCCAGCAAAGCGGAUGACAACGCUGGUAGCAAGAAGCGAGCUAAAGCACGAAAGCAAGGUGGUCUUCAGGCAUUACUUGCCUCUAAAAAGAGUGCGCAACCUUCACUUGACCUGCUCGACUUUUUGCAGUAA